AUGGAGACAUCGCGACCUCAACCCACAGAGGCGGAAUGGCUUCAGCGAAAGCCUGCCCUACGAAAGCUUUACCUUGUGGAUGAAGUCUCACUGAAGCGGCUGGUAGCUGACGCCGAUAAAAUGGGCCUUGUUGUUACCGUUGCUCAGAUGGAAUAUAAGCUGAAGCUGUGGGGAUUUCGGAGAAACAUCGACAAGGCCACUUGGAUUUCCAUCGAUAACAGGAUUUCCAAACGCAAGGCUAUGGGCAAGGAGAGCGAAGUGAUUCACUGUGGCAAACGGUUGAAGCCAAGUACCAUUGAGAAAGCGACGAACCGGUAUAGGGACAUGUCAAUCUUUGCUCAACAUGCACCAGUUAUAACGAAACAUGACGGCAAUGUAGGCAGUAUUCGCCUUCUCCAAUCCGUCAAGACGCAAGCUAUUCUCCCUAUGGUCCUGGGGGUAGCCCCCGGGCUUACUUUGACCGAGUCGCAACCUCAAGUAUCUCAGCUCGCAGCCAUGAUUGGGCUUUCAAUGCCCGAGUCGUUCCCAGGGGAAAACUUGCAACGUGCUCAAAUUCUCGUAAAUGGAUCAAGCGAGGAAUGUCUACUGGAAUGCUGGACCAUAUUGUUUUACAAUCUCUCAAACAAUCUCGUUGAUUUAUGUGAGACAGUGCAAUGGAGUGUCCUCCUGGACUUGCUUCGCGAAUAUGGGGUGCUCAACCUCAAGAUAGACUCGCAAAGUCUCCAAGAUGCAACAGUCCAGGGGUUCAUGCACACAAUAUUCCAUGCAUCUAUAUACCAUGUCUUGCACUAUCAAGCAUUAGACAGUGGGAGAAGCGAAGCCCUGGAGGCGGUGACUUGGCUCCUGUCAUCAGGCCAUAACCCUGACAAUUGGCUCAUGAUUCCACAUCUAAAUUAUCACACAGUGACGCCCCUUCAGGCUGCAAUCCUGUGUGGAAGCUUAGACCUGAUGGAGCAACUUUUGAAAGCAGGCGCAGACGCUAAUCUCGUCCUCGACCACGGUUCAGGUGGCUCAGCAAGUAAACCUCCCGUGAAUAUGGGCCGCUCGGACAUUGCUGGUGCCAUUGUCCCUCAUCCACCCCUCGAGCUGUCGUUGGGGAUGUACAGACAUGGCAGUGAAAUGGCAGUGCGCAUGGCGAGACUACUUCUUAAGCAUGGUGCCUCUAAAGGCUUGGAUCAGGCCCUACAGCUUGUUAUAUCGAGAGGAGAAACCCAAAUCGCCAUGGAAAUUGUCCAAGAAGGAGCCAAUCCCACCACUGCACUGCAGAAUCCGUGCGGUUUUCUCUAUGAAGAGACUUCUAUAUCAGCAGCCGCAUCAGCUGGUCUGUCGGAAAUGAAAUUCAUAAUAGAUCUCCUCAGGUCUAAGUAUCCGGAAAAGUCAACUGCUGACUUUUUGUCCGCGGAUGUUUUUAUAUCGGCAGCAGCCGAAGGAAAAGAUGAUACGUCUCGCUAUCUCUACUACAGCAUCAACCCCAAUGGAAUCGCAUCCAACUGCUAUGGAGUCACUCCGUUGCAUGCAGCUGCGAGAAAAGGUCGACUAGAGACAUGCCAACUGUUGAUGAAUCUCCAAGGCUACUACCCCUAUACAUCUACGCACCCCUCUCCGUUGCAUCUUGCCAGCUAUGGUGGCCACACCCAGAUCGUUCAGCUAUUUCUUAACAGAGGCGCUGAUGUUGACGACAUCGUGACACUUCAAAGUCCUCAAGAGCGACAAAGAUUUCUUGAGCGGUAUGAUCUACAUGGUGUUGACUUCUGCACCCCGUGUCAUCUCACGCCUUUGCAACUACUCUUGACGAGGGAUCGUAAAGCAACAUUGCGCGCCUCAACUACUAAGCAGGUAUCCUGCGCCACAACAUUGGUUAAAGCUGGUGCUAAGUUGACUGGGUUCGAAGUGUUGUCAGCAGUCGAGCAUUUACGCCUAGACCUACUUACGGCUGCGCUGGCUGCUGGCGGCGACCCAAACUGCCUAUUUCGCAAUGGUCUUAGGCAAUUUAACGCACUUCAAUUGCUCUUCACGGAUAACAUCAAGGCGCGUUCUGCCAGGGCCCUCCGUAAGGCUCAAAUCGUAGAUAUACUCCUCAAGCACGAUGCUAAACUUCUCGGCGGGGAGGUCACGUUAGCUAUCUGCUCCGGGGACCAAAAUCUAGUAGAUCUCUUGCUGGGUAGUGGAGGGAGUCUAAAAGUCUCUACCAUAGAUGGCGUGAAGUGUCUCGAAGCGGCUAUCCUCUUGAAGGAUCCUAAAACUAUCACAAGAGUCAUAGAGGAUGACUCAGCAAAGUACGAUGGUGGCGCUCUAUGCGCUGCAGUUCAGACGGGGAUGCAGGAUAUCACAAAAUGGCUUCUACAACUACGUCCGGAACAGGCAAAGACAACUAUUUACGAUAUAACUGCCCUGGGGUUGGCUGCCCAACUUGGGGAUGUUGGUUUGUUCCAAACGCUUUUAACUUUAUUCACCUUUUCGAAUGUCGCCAAGUUGCCGUUCUUUGUGGCCAGCGAUGGCGUUUUAACGCCAGUCUCGAGGGCCGAGGCCGGGGAUAAUUAUAACCAGGCUUGGUGGUGCUUAGGGGUCUGCGUUGAAGGAAGCCCUCUAGCUCUGGCUGUUAUGUCUAGAGAUAUAGAAAUAGUCGGAGAGCUUCUACAAAGGGGCUUUGAGCCGGAUUUGGCCACCUGGACCAUAUGCGCAGAUCUUAACGACCUAGCAAUGUUACAGACUCUUUUCGAUCAAGGCAAAUGGUUGGAUAAUUGCGAGCCUGUUAGAAAUGCGCUGGUUCGCAGUCGUAUCUAUUAA